AUGGCUAAACCGAGGACCUCUGCCCCUCAGCUGCUGAAACCCAGCCCUGUGUUACAACUGAUAGCCGAGAGUGAAGAACGACUAUGGACACGCCUUGAUCUGACUGACAGUAAUGAGCUCAGCAUCCACUCACUUGAUAAAGGCAGUCGUCUUCUCAGACAUGGAAAAACAGUCAAGACUAUCCACAGAUACUUUGGUGAUCUGGAACAAAGGAAAUGCUGCCUUUCUUUGACUGGCUUUAAAACCAAGUUUAACCAAGUCAGACUGGUCCGCAAUGAUGGCAGGGAUUCCGGAAUAGAAGAAGGUGCUAUGAUGAAGAUAACCACAGACAACAGUACCAGAGUGAAUGACCUUGAUGACAUUGAGCUGAGAGUGCUCCGGUUUGCCUAUGUAUGUGCCUCCCUUCCAGUCCUUGGAGCUCCUGAACCUCCAUCAGCUCUUUCUCCUUCCCCAGUCUUCACACCUGUGGACACUAACAAAAAAUUUACAUACCAUGGUAGGAUACGAAGUCCAACCCCACACGACAGUGGCGUGGACGAACAAGAUGAUACAUCUGUUGUCCCAGCUGAGACACUAAGAGAGCUACUGAUGAGAUCCUUUCGCCUGGUUCCUGAGAAAUUUCACCAAUAUGAACAGAAGAUUGCUCAAUACUAUGGCAACAAACAAGCAGAAAAGAUUUUGGCAGAAGAAUUAGUUGGACAAUUGGCAGCCUUAGAAAAAAAUAGCAAUCCAUUCUAUAGCCCAGAUACAUUCAUGAACACCCAGGGUUACGAUAAGUGGCAGAGGAGAGAAUUUGCCCACAUAGCAGACCUGAUGAAGAAGUUCUGGCAUCUCACAUAUCCACCACCCUCUACAUCUCACAUCCACAGCCUACGAACAAUCCACCAGGAUUACAGAUUUCUGAUGGAGAAACUCAUCAGAUAUGAGUCCCCAUAUCGUCUUGAGGGAGAGUUAUCUGCCCCUGGACCAACCUCUCCAUUGUCAUCAGCUUCAUUACGUCUCCUUAAGGAAUUUGGUCUUCGAUAUGGAAUACGAGAUCUAUACCGUAAGAUUGUAUACUUAUACUACCUGUCCAAGAACUUUGACCCAACUGUCUGGUUUAUGCAACACACCAGUGCUGUUCUCACAAGUGUGUUCGAGGUCCUUCCAAAGAAUGGGUCUCAUUUGGUGCUUGUAAAAACAGAGCAUGCCUUAUUGGUGGACUGUAUAACUGCAUUAGAGGCACAGGUCAUCACCACACUUACCAAAAUGAAGGUUCUGUUUCCUAGUAACAGGCCAGCAGAUGCUCUUGAUAGCCUGAUAGAAUUGAUGUCCUGUACACUACAGGCCAAGUCUUUCCUAACGAGACAUCGAAGUGAGACAUUACAGAGUUACCUACUCAAACAAGUCCAGAAAAUUUUCCCAACAUGCUAUAAAGAACACAAAAUGGUGAUGGUUAGUGACCUUGGUUUGACCUCUCCAGAGCAGCUGUCACCAAUGUUGUUGAACAGAAUGAUUGGACAGAUCCGAGAUGAAGUAAAGGAUUACAAGAUACAUUACCACAGCAGUUUUGAGAAGUAUUUCCCAGUAGCAAGGGAAGCUGCCCAUUCCCUGUAUGAGCUACUGAUGGAGGAUGUCAGAUGGCUUUGUCAGCUCCGACAGAAUCAGUUUAAAACACAUGAGAUUGACAAGCUUAUGCUUGGACUGGGAUACAGACUAAACCAGCUUGACCAGGACUGGUCAUCUUACCUCACACCAGAGAUGCAGACUUGGCGAGAGGUGUUUGUUAAGGAAGAACUGCAUUGGACAGUAGUACUCAAGGUCUCCCUUCAAAACCUGGUGGUCAGAUCAGUCUCGCUGGACCAGUUCCAGAUGGAGCAGUAUGAGGAUUUACACAGCUGUUCUACCAGUUCCCUGAAUUCUUUCUCUUCAUUUGAUAACAGGAGACGGGCUAUCUCUACCAAAUCUUUCACCCCAUCACUAAAUAGUGCCUUCAGUGGACUGGUGUCACCUGCUCAGUCUGUUCAUAAACAUACCUCACUAUCAUCAGAAGGUGGGACACAUUAUCCUACAAUCCAUGAGUCUCCGCUGCCUUCACAAACAUCUGUGAAACAAGAACAAGUCAGAGCUGAGGCACUGAACAUCCGCAAAUUUUCACAGAUGGAGGAUUUGCAUGGGGCACACCCAAAUUAUGGUCUGCACAAAAAUGAUGCAGACACAAAAUCCUUGGAAGAUUUUGUGGAUGAGUGUGGUGACAAGAUGAUGACUUUUAGUUACAUGAGACAUAGUAGCUCUCUUCCAGAUAUCCUCAGCAAGAGUUACGACCACAGCCUUAGUGUCUCACGAAAGUACAUCAGCCAGAACCUCAGCUCUAAGGAACAGUCAGAAAAAAGGGCUAUGUCACAUGACAUAAAUACUGACCAUUCACUUAUCCACAGAGAAUCUGCUGCUAAAAGCCAAUCAGAAAAUCAAGACAGGUCACAUGCUAUUGUUGUCAGUGCAGAUGUCCAUCAGGAAUCAUUGGAAGACAGUGAAUUAAAGAGGGACAAGUUGGGUAACCAUGACGAUGAUAAGGACUCUAUAGCUGGAGAGUUCCACAAUGAUAGUGACAAUACAUACUCAGAUUCAGAUGAAGGCAACCUAACAGACCAAACAGAGUCUGAUGAGGACAACUUUGCAUUUCCUCCCGUAGAAAUUGUGUCCCUUGUAAGUGAAAAGUUGGAUUCUCAGGCAAAUGUGGCACCUGUAGCCUCCACACAGGAGAAAGAGGAUCCAAUAGCUGCUAGCUACAAGGAGAUGAAUUGUGCUAUGGGGAAGCCUGAGACUGUAUUAGACAGAGAAAUAUCAUGUGAUAGUGAGGAGGGUCAAGGCUCAGCAACCCCAGUAAACCUUGCAAUCUUUCCCUCAUCACCAGUUCCUAAAGUUAUGUCCAUGUUACCAUUGUCUAGCUCUGUGGUAGAUCUGAUUGUGAUGCUGCAGCGUUUGAUUGGGUUUAGUUACACAGUCAGCCAGAUUUUCUGCCAUAGUGCACUCAGGGCUCAAACUGUUGUUAAUGAGGAGUCAACUCAGUCUUCAGAGUCAGAGGAUUUCUUGUCUAACACAAAGAUGAGCGAGGCGCGCCAGAAACUCUACGACAACAUUUUUGAGGGUUUGUGUAACACGCUGUGUGUUUAUGCUGAUAACAUGCUGUGUAUGGACCUGUGUGGCACCACCCUGACUGUAGCCAGGAAACUGGUGGGACCUCAGCUAGUAUCCUACCUCAAGACUCAACAGAUAGGUGGCCUCAUUUGGGGCUGUCGCCAUGACAACAACAGAAUCAAGGACUGUUUCCUGUACGUUUAUAAGAAGGCUGAGCUACUCUGCGAUCGUUAUGAGCCCAUUACCAAAGAUAUGUGUACACGAAUCAACAAUGUAGCAGCCAUUGCUGAUUACCUAGAGACUUACCAUGGCAAGCUGGGUAAAACCUUUGACGUCUACAAUGAGUGGCGACUAAAACACCAGAGUUACACUCCUACUAGUGACCUAAACAGCUAUGAUAAGACAGAGUAUGAAGUCUUGGGGGGAUUUUCUUACAAUCCAGAGUCUGAUCGUGAAUAUGUUAUGGAGACAGCAUCUCAGAAAACAUCAACGACCACCUCAUCAGGAUCAUAUCAUUCUGUGAUUGUGCAGAGCCCCACAAGGCCAUGUCAUGACCACUUAAUGGCUGUUCUCCGUGCCCUCAGCAGGAUCAUGGCUUACAGGAUAAAUCUGUUUGUAUAUGAUGCCCUGCAUGUGUUGCUUGGCCUGAAGUACCCAGAUGACCCAAUACAUGUGUGCCUCCAGCCUCUUACAAAGUUCCUUCAGAAUUACUUCGACUCCCUACAGGCAUGGCUUUACCCAGACUGUUUUAGGAGGGUCACAGAGUGCCUAUGGAUAUUUAUAGUGCAAGAUUUUGAAGAUGAAUUAGGCAGGUUAAUGCUAGGAGAUGUCAAUGGGGAAACAUAUGCUCGCACACUCGUACAGGCUAUCUCACAUCUACUCACAUUCAUUACUCACCAAGACAAAGACAUAAGGAAAGAUCUACUGCUUUCACAGGCUGAGGAAGUCAUGUUCAAGCUACAGUUGUUCACAGAAUCAACAUCACAGUUGAUGAAGCUUCAUCAUGCUCUCAAAGAACAUUAUGUAUGGACUGACACCUCUAGUACCUGUACUCUGGAUGGGGCUCUACAGUCAACACUUCACAAGAUGAGGCGGGAACUUCAAAUGUACACCAAGUGUUUCAGUGGGAAACAGCUGACCGACUGGAUCAUGGCAAACCCACGCCCCUUUUGUAACAUGUGGGAGCAGGUUUCCUUAGAGGACAUCAUGAACACACGCACGAACUGUAUUGCUGUGGCCCAGUGGCUCAUGGAUCAAGGACUUUUGGUGGAUGUUGAAACAGAAUUCUUGGGGCAGUUUGAAGGCAGUAUGAACCAAACUCCUGACAUAGGCUUCACAGACGAGCCACUAGACCUGAAUUACCCAGCCCUGAGUAUCCACAGUAGCAUGCCAACAUCUCAGCAUGUAUCAGAUAUCAGUAGUUCUGAGGAUACUCCCACAGGCUCCCCCUCAGGGCCAUCUGCUAUGAAUUUUGUUCCGUCAUUGGGGCGUAUUUCCAGGGAUAGUACUCCACUGCCUCGGUCACGACCAUUAAGUCACCUGCUUCAGAGCCGGAGCAGGAAAGGUACACCAUUGCCACGAUUUACAAAUCUAUCUGUUUAUGAUGAUCAGACAAAUUCCCUGAGUCCGACAGAAGACGAUCCUAAUGAUAUCAGUCGUUAUGGCCUGGGAGUCAGCUGCCCUGACGAUGACUUCUUAAUCAGCGACAGCUAUGACUAUGAAUCACCAUCAGCUGGUAAUUUCACACCACACCUCGAUUCCAUGCUGGCAAGUCGGCUGUUUCAAGAUGGUGUCUCUCACUACUAUCAUAUGACAAGUCUGAUGGACUCAAACAUUCACUCUCAGCCGACAUCCCGCGGUCCAAGUAUGCCUAGUGAACUCAAUACCUUGGUAGAACAGUGCUUCCAGAGGAAAAUCGUGCCAGAUUAUAUCACCACCAUAUUGUACAGCAGGAGGAAAUAUGAUUCAGUUGCCAAAAUGUUUUCUCAGAAGCUACUACAAGAUCCUGAUUGUGAUCUUGUCUCAGGUGGAUCAGACUCCACCUGUGUUACCAGUUAGUCUAUCAGGAGGUCUGUACUGCAUCAUUCUAGUCAGUUGUUUGAUUAUAGACAAAUGCUUUCUUUAAUCUUUAUGACCGAUAUUAGAAUCUGUCUGGAUACUGAUUCACAGGUACUUUUAGUCAUUAUCCUAUAAAUUUAACAUCACACUCCAAUAACCUUUAUAAAGAUAAAUACUUGUGACACACUAUUAAAUGUA